AUGUCGACGUUCGAUGGCAUUGUUAAGGAAUUCCCCACUAUCAGAAUCGACUAUUUCAGAUAUCAUCCAGGACAACCAAAGCCAGCAGCCCUCUUCCUGAGUCAUGUUCACAGCGACCAUCUGCUGGGCCUGGAGUCCGUCAAGAUGCCCUUUGUCUACUGCUCGGUCACCACGAGACAACUUCUUCUCCAGAUGGAAAAAUAUCCACACCGAAUCAACUACGCUAAAGGUAUCCUUGAGGCUAGGAAGCAAACUUAUCGCCACCUGAAGUCGAUUCUUAGACCUUUACCAUUGCAAGCACCUAUCGAUAUCGAACUCGGACCAAAGUCCCGGAUGAGGGUCACUCUCUUCGACGCCAACCAUUGCCCGGGUGCAGUCAUGUUCUUGCUCGAAGCCGAUCACAAGGCUGUCGUCUACACAGGGGACAUACGUGCAGAACCUUGGUGGGUCAAUUCAAUAGUCCAGAACCCGGUCUUGUUGCCCUAUACUUGCGGCAUAAAGACAUUAGACUGUCUUUAUCUUGACACAACAUUCGCAACUCAUGACGAGCCAUACAAUGUAUUUCCUACCAAGGCAGACGGCCUUAUGGAGCUGAUCCGAAAGGUCAGACAAUGCCCCGCCGACACUCUCUUCUAUUUCCGAUCAUGGACUCUUGGUUAUGAGAAAGUAUGGAUUGCUCUUUCCGAUGUUUUGAAGUCUCGUGUCCAUGUUGAAGAAUACCAAAUCAAGUUGCUAGGCUCCGGUGAGUCUUCUGACAAGACUGGCUUCAUUGAAGGCCCGGCAUUGACUGGCUUUACCCUGGGCAAUGCAUACCAUGCCGGGUGCCUAACCAAAACCAAUGACAGCGCGAUCAAGAUUCACAGUUGUGAGCCAGGCACGCCGUGCCAUUCAAAGAUAAAGAAUCAAGAGAACCUUGUUUGGAUCAGUCCCAUCAUCUCCCGACUCAAAGAUGGCACUGAAGUCAGAGAGCUUGGAGCUGGUGGGGGUUGGGGCGACCUUUAUCAGACUUUGGGAUUUACGUUUGAUGAUCUCGCCGCUUUGCAACAAUUUGGCGCCUUUUGUCAGGGAGCAUUAAAGGACAAGAUCAGCACAGAAGCUAUCCAGAAAAUGAUCGAACCAUCUCGAAAAGUGCGCGGAUACAACUUGACUUUCGAUGGCUUCGAAGAUGUUCUUGCAGCGGAUGGUGAGAAGAACAUCUCGCUUCAAGAAUUGAAAGAAGCACUAGCCAAAGCCUCCCAAUGGAUGGAAUCACUUUCGCAAGGCCCAGCACCAACAAAUACCGAGAGACCGGGCAAAGACAACCCGACCAGGACCAUUCAUUUCCCUUACUCUCGACACUCAUCAUAUGCCGAACUUCGUCAUCUAGUCAGCAAGUUUCGACCUAAAGAUAUAUGUCCCUGCACGGUGGAUACUGAAGGAUGGACUGAAGAUAUGAGUAUGGAGUCUCUUUUCGGUGACUUAUGCUCAGAAAAGAGGUUCUUCUACGACGGGAAUGUUCGCCUCCAAGUUGAGAAGAUAGCCGAACUUCAAGGGCCAGCUGGUGGCAAGAGGAAACGAAAACAGGGAGACAGUCAAGAGACCGCGUCACAAGAGAGUGACGUUGAGAGAGAGUCAUACCGAAGCGCAAAGGCGAACGCGAAUGACACCAAGUUCAAACACUCCGAACAUCAACCAGAAAGACGACAGCCUGAUGUUAAUGCAUAUGACUCAAAUACUGAAUGGGAGAUUACUCGGGCGUCCUCGAAGGAGAUUGACCGCGUGGAAGAUCUGAUAGUGAUCGAAUCUGACUCGGAAGAAGAUUCCAUAGGCCAGUCGGUCUUCGACGGAAUACAUGGAAGUGAAGCCAUGCCUGAUCCAGAACAGAAAAGCCAGAAGAUGGUGGAGGAGCAGCAGUCAACAGAAGAGAACGCUGGAAGGAGACGGACUCGGAUCGAAGCAUACAUAGCAGCCAAACGCUGUCUAGAUGAGAGUGACGCCACCGAAUGGAAUUGGUAUCCGUUAAGGAGCGUUGGUCGGAAAGGCCACGACGAAGAAGAGGAAGAAUUAUGA